ACGUGAGUAUUCAUUGUCCUCUAAGUCACAGCUCUAAUAGUAUAAAAUAUCCAGUUAGAGACCAGUUCUAACAUCACACCCUGCUCCCUACCGGUGUAUCAAGACUUUCACGAUGAAGCUCGCUGUAGCCGUUUUGUGUCUGUUUGUCCUCGCCUUGGCUGAGGAGGAAGAGUUGGACAAGAGAAUCGUCAAUGGUGAGAAGGCGGCUCUGUACGCCCAUCCCCACCAGGCUUCUCUCCAGCUGUACCAGGCUCCCUAUGGAUGGUACCACAUCUGUGGCGCUGUACUUAUCGGACCAAACAAACUUGUGACAGCUGCACAUUGUGUUGAAGGUCAAAACUACCGCAAUCUCCGUAUUGAGGUCGGCGCCCUGAACCUGUUUGAGCCCCCCAAUGCCUACGAGCAGACUGUUGCAGUUGCUGCCUUCCACAUUCACCCACAAUACAACGGUAACGGCAACGGCAUUCCCAACGACAUUGCCACCAUCUACCUGGUCAGCCCCGUCACCUACAACAAAAACGUCCAGCCCGCUACUCUAGCUCCAACUGGAUCAAGCUUUGCCAACACUCAGUGCGUCAUUACCGGGUGGGGACGCACCACUGGAGGUGGAUCCGCCGCUCAGCACUUGAAACAAGCUUACAUCACCAAGAUCACCAGAACAGCUUGCAACAGCUACUGGAACCGAUACGGCCAGACCAUCACAGACAACCACAUCUGUGUCUUUGAGGCUUCUGAUCCAGCUGGUACUCGUCCCAGUGCUUGCAACGGUGACAGUGGCGGCCCCAUGAUGUGUGGAACCAACUUCCAGUACUUGGCUGGUGUUACCUCUUGGGGUGUUAGUACCUGCAGCGGUGACAUGCCCAGUGUGUACACACGUACAUCUGCCUACAACACUUGGAUUGCCAGCAACUAAUGGAAGCGUCUCAAUGGGAAAUGACAAGAGAGCAAAUUAAUAAAUGUCAACCAAUUAUGUUUUGUCUACUUAAAGCUCAAUAAAGUCAUUAGGAACUCAGA